UGUCAAAAACUCUACAACCCUCUAUAAGUUUCUGACUUCUAAGAAGUUUAAUUUUUCGAGGAGAGUAAUAUAUAGAUUUUGUGACAACUGAGAUUCUAUCAGAACCCAUAACUUUUGUUUCCUUUUUUGUUUUCUUCUCCAUUUAAAGUUUUUAUUUUGAGAAGCCGCAAAUGUGAAAGGAAGGGGGAAAAAAGGGGCUAGGUUGGUUCAUCAAGAUAGUAUACAGUCUGUCUCUGUUGUCUGCUUCCUGUUCUGUUGUUGCAGGAUACUACCAUUUUGAGGCACUUGAAAAUCUGUGAUUUUAUUUGGAAGUAUAUGGACACUUUCAUGAAAGGGUUUUCACAGCUUCUCUUGUUUUGUCCUGACUUAGUCAUGGAAGACUGGCAAUAUGGUCUUAUGAGCAAUAACAGUGAGGGUGGUGGUAGAAGAUCAAUGAGAAAUGAAGAUUUUGAAGAAGAAGAUGUGUGGUCUUUUGUGAAAGAAAGUGAAGAAGAAGAAGAAGAAGAUUCAAGUCCUAAAAGGAACUCUAAUGAGUACUCUUUUGGUUCUUCUUCUUCUUCUUCUGCAUGGCGUUUCACCACUGCACCAAUAAUGAUUCCAAGGUCUAAUAAUAAUAAUAAUAAUAAUAAUAUGCCAAUUACAGCCCAUGAUGAAGCAGCCAACAAGGUGGUUCAACAAUCAUCAGCUCCUAUGAACAUCCCUGAUUGGUCAAAGAUUUAUGGGAAAAAUGCAAACUUGGGCUCAUCAAGAAAUGGCUCACGGGUUGAUACUGGUAUUAGUUUUAAUGAUGUUUGUAAUGAUGAUGAUGAUGAUGAUGAUGAUGAAGAUAUGUUACCUCCACAUGAAUGGUUAGCUAGGAAGCUUGCUAGGAACAAAAUUUCUUCUUUCUCAGUGUGUGAAGGGAUUGGAAGGAGACUGAAAGGUAGAGAUCUUAGCAAAGUGAGGAAUGCUAUUUUGACCAAAACUGGUUUCUUAGAGUAAUGUCAUCACCAUACCACUGCCUUCAAAUCAUCAGUCAUGUCACAGAUCCCAUUUAAUCUUUUUUUUAUUUUUUAUUAAUAUUUGAGUCAUUAUUGUUACUAAUACAGUGUGUAAUUUAGAGGCCAGUUGGGGGGUGGGGUGAACUAGAAAUAGAGAGUCCCUGAAAGAAGUCAUCAAAAAAAAAAAAAAAAAAGGAAAAACAAAUAGGUAAUCUCUGAGAUUUUGUCUGUUAGUCUGGUAGGAUUUAUGUUUUGGGUAAAUGGAGUAGGCUGUAGCCUGGAGCCAGAGUAUGUAAAAGUUGAAUUAUUAGUUUUAACCUUUAUGCCUGCUGCUUAAUCUAUCUGCUGUGUUUGUACCCUCUUUUCAAUCUUAUCCUAACCUCAUUUCAUCUUUUUUAUUCUGACAAAAUGUGUUUGAUGAAAAACUGGAACCAAA